AUGGCGCGGUUCCUCGCCCUGUUGCCCCUCCUGGCUUUCCCCCUUUCGCUCGCUGACAGCUGCGAGUCCGACUGCGGAGCGAGCUCACCAUCGGUGGAUCUGCUGCAGCGGAAAUUGCAGGUGAACAACUCCCUGUCACCGCAAAGCUCGCGGCCCAACUUGCUGUUCAUUGUCCUGGACCAAUGGCGCUGGGACUGGACGGGGCUCGACACUACAACGCCGGUGCCAAUGCCCACGCUGAAGCGCUUGGCAGCUCAAGGUGUUCGUUUCACCCGGGCCUACACCCCGUCGCCCCAGUGCGUUCCAGCCAGAACCGCGAUGGCGCACGUAACCCCCAACUAUCUCAAAGGCAACUGGAAGGCUAGUGAUGAUGACUAA